UCUUAUAAGGAGUUAGUGCAGGCUGAUGUCCCUAUGGAAUCUUAUAAGGAGGAGUUGCAGUCUGAUGCCCUGAUCAAGAAUCUUCAGGAGUUAGUGCAGUCUGAUGCCCCGAUCGAGUCUUAUAAGGAGUUAGAGCAGUCUGAUGCCCCUAUAGAGUCUCAUAAGGAGGGGUUGCUGUCAGUCUCCCCUGGUCCCUCAGGCCUUGGUGCUGAGAAGCAAGCAGUAAAUGAGAAGCUAUCACACCAUGAACAGACUGCGCAGAAAUGCGCCGUUAUGAACACGGCCAAUGGCAGGGAUAAUGCCAAUGUCAGUUUUGCAUCUGUGAUGAACAAGGACUUGAUGAAAAAUGCAGAGGCUGGAGCGGACCAGCAGGCCUCUCCUGCAGAAGAGUUUGCCUAUCUAAAGACCCGAAUGAUUUACCACAAACUGUCCUCAGCACAGUCAGAAAAAAAGAAAGGUCCCAUGAAAGUGAUGAGAAUGGAUGACACAGGAGCAGAAGAGCCCAGGCCCCAGGCUACCUCCCUCUCCCCUGAGCAGCCUUCCUAUUCCAAUACCUCAACAAGGAAGACACCACAGGAGAGCAGGCCGCCCUGUGAGGAUAAGGUUGUUUCAGCACAGGACUCAGGAGCUGAGGAAGGGACAAAGGUGUCAAAUGAUGACCUGAUGAAGGCAGAACAGGAAGAUCUUCAGAAGGCCUCGAGGGCAGAGGAAUGCAGCAUCCUGGCGAUGAAGUUAAAUGAACUAUCUGCCUCUAUAACCGAGAAGAAAUGCAAGAACACCCAGCAGCUCUCCAGCGAUCUGCAGACAGCUCUGUCUCUCCAGCAGAGGGCAGUAGAGGAGCGCGACCAGCUGGCUCAAGAGCUGAAAGCAGCCAGAGGUGUGUACACGGUGCUCAAGGCUGCAGUUGCGACAGAGAUGUCCAAAUCAAAGAUGGUCAACCAGCUUCAAGACUGGAGCCGUCAGGUCAAAGAGAGAACCCCACAGCUGGAGGAGAGCGAGGAUGCCCAGGCUGACCUCCAUGCUUCACUGCAGAGUGAACAGGAGAGGUAUGAGAAGCUGUCUUUGGAGUAUCAGGCGCUCCUCUGCUGGCUGCAGGACGUCACCAAGGCUGACACCAGUCAGAGCGGGGGACACCUGGAGAAAAACCAACAAGAGCAGCAGACCUCUAUUGUUCAUGGUGAUCACUCUGGAAAGCAGCCCUGCAAAUGUCAGAGCACCUUCCUUGAACCAGGAGAAGAAAUGGCAGCAUGUGGACAUGAGAACAUUUUGGUUGAACUCCAGAGAUUGGCCUCCAAGUAUGAAGUUCUCCUCUGUGACUAUCAGCGUCUGCAGGUCGACCACCAGGCUCUCAAGUCAGCUCAACAUGAGCUUGAGAGCAGCUCGCUCAAGAAGCCGGCCUGGGCCUGCACCCUGAAAAUGGUCUCAACCCAGACCGAGAGUGAGUCCGGUGGGCGCAUGGUGGGACCAGAGAUCCAGCCUGCACUGGGCCAGUUUCAGGAAGGCUCCCCAAAGGUUGUGGAGGGUCUCACAGAUCCGCUGGCAGAGCAGCAGGAGAGGCACAAAGGGGAGCUCUCCUCUUCCAUGAGUCAGCUGAGGGAUAGCACUGAGGUUGUGACCAAAGCACAGGAGCAGCUGAGUACUGACAACGUUGAGCAACAACAGGAGGAUCAGUUGACUGCGAUGGCGGUUCAAAACAAUGAGCUCGAUCAGGUGAAAUCAGACAACGCAGCUCUGAAGCAGGAGCUACAGGCAGAAAAGGACUGUUCUGCUCGCCUAAGGAGAAAGAUCGAGAAGAGAGACAGGAUGAUCCAAGAGAUGAAGGAGGCUAGGGCGAAUUCCUUGCUGCUGGAUCAAGGUGUAACCGAGCAGUGUUUGGAGCUGAUAAAACAACUGAAAACAGACAAUGCCAGACUGCACAGGGGCCUCCUAGAGGAGGCAGAUAGGAACAGGGCCUAUGAGGUUAAAACUGAAGCCAUCUUGGCCGAAAACAAACAGAAACUGGGCGCAGCUGUUAAGGAUGCGAUUACAUCUCAGAGGGAGGUUGAAGAUCUUAAGGCCAAACUCACAGCCAAAGAAAAAGAAGCAAAAGAAGUGAAAGAGCUCAUCAAUGACACAAAAAUGCCAUUCCUUAAGCAAUGUUAAAUGAAAGAAUACUAGAAAUGUGUUAAGUAACACUUCAGAACUACUGCAAAAGAAAAACACGAAUAGGCCUAUUUUUAAGGGACUGCUCCUAUAGCCUAGUGGCAAUCAUGAACAUCUACCUUUAUUCACAUUUUAAUAAAUGAAAGCUUUUUUCAACAUUGUCACUAUAUAAUGAUAGAAUAUUGAAAAUGUUUUAUGUACACUUUGGAGCCAUUGUUUUAUGACAGAUAUAAUAGGCCUAUAGGUCUACUAUUGUUAAAGGGAUUAUUCAAUCAUGAAGAUCAAAUUUACCAAAACAUAUAUAUUGAAGUUAUAUA